AGUAAUGAAUAAGAUAUAUAUACGAAAAAUACAUCGAUCUGACCAUGGCCAGAAUUGGAUUUACUAGUGUAGUGACUUUACUUCAGCAAAGUCAAUUCUGAAGCUUGAAAAUCGCCGGCCGGCGGGGCCCCGGCCCAUCAGAUAUCUAUAGACUACACACCGGCUUCAACAAAAGGCCCGUUCAUUUUUUUGACAUAGCGCCACCAAUUAUUUUACACAUCACCGCAUGUGUCAUGUGUGUACUGUGUUAUCGUCCCCAUCCCAUUCACACAAUGUGUGCAAACCUGUCAAUCGCGACGUUGAACGUAUUACCGCACGCACGCGUACCGGUACCGUACCGUACACUGCAUGUAUUGCAUGCUCACAUCACAUGGAACAAGUUUAUGAACCUGUCAUUCAUGAUUUAGAUCUAAUUUAGAUGCUAUUGCUAGGAGAAACUAAGUUCAGUCUUUAGUUUUUAAGGAGAGACUCGUCUUCAGCGUGUUACUUUGGAAUAUCCCCAGCACUGCAGCACUCUCGGAUUUCUUUACUCAACAUUUUGUGAAAGUUAUGGGCCUCGGAAGUUGGGCCCCAAGUUGACUCCGCAAACCGACCAAGCAGCCAAGCGUGGGACGGGAAGACUGGGAAUCUUAACCGGUUGCCGCCCCGUCGAUGUCUUGCUCAGGUGCGGCGGUCGUCCAGCAUGAUCUCGUAGAUUUGGCCAGGGCAUGUACUAAGCAUCGGCCGCGGUAUGCUGGCGAGGCAUGGUUGGCUUUCGACGUAGAGGUUUGUUUCUGCUGGUAGUCGUUGGACUACUGCUUGCGUUCAAUCAGGUGCAGCUUUGUCAGGCCUCGGGAUAUAUGGAAGUUGGCAUCCUGUCCAUCGAGAACGAUUCAGGGGAACUUGCCAACGGGGACUGCUGCGAUGGGCCCCGCCUUUCGGAGGAGGAGGACUCCUCCGGCGUCUGCUUGGAUCCUUGCGACACAUUCUUCGAGGGAUGCUUGAGGCAGUAUCAGUCCCGGGCCACCCCGGAGGGACCCUGUACAUUUGGCAGUGGCGAGACGCCGGUGCUCGGAAACAAUUCCUUUCGCAUUCCGUCAGAUGAGGAUGUCGCGGAGGGCAGUGGCUCGCAGAGUAGGCAAGAUGCCGCGACAAUGAUAUUUCCCUUUGAAUUUGGAUGGGUGCAAACAUUUACGUUGAUCAUAUCGGCCUUGGACAAAGAUGACCAAGAAUGCAUAGGUUCCAGCUGCUUGAUAGAGCGUGCCUUCCAUUCCGGCAUCAUUGCCCCGGGCCCCUCGUGGACCACGCUGCGACACAACGGUGCUAACGCCAGGUUUUUGUACAGAAUUCGGGUCCUGUGCGACCUCAACUAUUACGACACCACGUGUGUCAAGUUUUGUCGGUCCCGGGACGACACUUUCGGACAUUACUCCUGCGAUGCCAACGGAGAUAAAGUGUGCCACGAAGGGUGGACGGGUGAAAAUUGCCAAACAGCCAUUUGUAAGCAAGGAUGCGACUCCAUCCAUGGAUAUUGCAGCCAGCCGGGAGAAUGCCUGUGUCGGUACGGCUGGCAAGGGGAGCUAUGUGACCACUGCUCACCCUUCCCGGGCUGCGUCCAUGGCAGCUGCAACUCCCCCUGGCAAUGUAACUGCCAGCAGGAGUGGGGAGGGAUCCUGUGCGACCAAGAUUUUAAUUACUGCGGGAGACGCAAGCCCUGCCUGAACGAUGGAGUGUGCACGAACAGCGGGCCCAAUGAGUUCACCUGUCAGUGCCAGCCCGGGUUCCAUGGGCCGACCUGUGAAGAAGCGGAGCAUCCGUGUGAGAACCAACCAUGUGCUAACGGCGGGACCUGUCUGGUGAUUGGUCAGGGAUUCCAUUGUAUGUGCACUAGGGGAUGGAAAGGAGAUACAUGCGAAGAGAACCUAGAUGACUGCAUCUCUCAGCCAUGUCAGAAUGCAGGAGAAUGUAUCGAUGGAGUCAACAGCUUCAGCUGCUUGUGCACACCUCAGUGGGAGGGUCCCGUCUGCCAGUUUGAUGCCAAUGAGUGCAUGGGUCGGCCCUGCAUGCAUGCCUUUGCCUGCAGGAACAGGAUAGGAGACUACCUGUGUGACUGCCAGCCUGGAUGGACGGGGAGAAACUGCGAUGUCAAUGUGAAUGAUUGCGUGGGUCACUGCAUAAACGGAGCAACCUGCCUGGAUUUGGUGAAUUCCUUCUCCUGUGUCUGUCUGCCGGGAUUCACCGGCAUCGAAUGCGAAAUCAACAUUGACGAGUGCGGCAGCAGCCCUUGCGAGCAUGGUGGAGAAUGCAUCGACCAGGUCGCCGGUUACCAGUGUAAAUGUGCACCAGGAUACUCAGGGACUAACUGUCAGAUUGACGUUGACCUGUGCGACCCCAAUCCCUGUCGCCAUGACUCCCAGUGCUUCAACCUGCUCGGAGACUACUACUGCGCUUGUCCGGACGGAUACCAGGGAAAAAACUGUUCCCAGCCCAAGCAGAUUUGCCACGGACCACAAUGCCAAGUCGUGGAUAGUUGUACAGUAGUUCUACCGGCCAAUGAGAGAGAGGGUGGCAUCUCAGUGGUUCCGUCGAGUGUCUGCGGGCCUCAUGGAACCUGCCUGAGUCAGGGAGCGGACCGCUUUGCUUGCAUCUGUGACCCUGGCUACAUGGGCAUCUACUGUCACGAAAAUAUCAACGACUGCGAGAGCGAUCCCUGUCAGAAUGAAGGCGUAUGCGUGGACGGCCUGGACUCAUUCAGAUGUAUCUGUGCCGAGGGAUGGGAGGGCACCAUAUGCCAACACAACGUGGAUGACUGCGGGCCGUCACCGUGCAGGAACAACGCAACGUGUGUAGACAUGCACGCUGACUUUGCCUGCCAGUGCCCCCACGGAUGGAAAGGCAAGACAUGCAACUCACGAGACAAUCAGUGCGAUGUCAACACAUGUCUCAACGGUGGUACGUGCUACGACUUAGGCCACUCCUUCACCUGUGUCUGCGCCAAUGGCUGGGAAGGAAACUCCUGCCAACUCUCGACCAGUAACCGGUGCGGUGCCAACCAGUGCCAUAAUGGAGCCACGUGUAUUCCUAGCGGGGAUUCCUUCAUCUGUGUCUGCCGGGAAGGAUUUGAAGGCCGGCUCUGUGAAAAGAACACUGAUGACUGUAACCGUAACCCCUGCUUCAAUGGAGGGCGCUGCAUUGAUGGUAUCAACUGGUUCCUGUGCCAGUGUGCUGACGGCUUCACUGGACCUGACUGCCGUAUAAACUUGAAUGAGUGUGCAUCUAACCCCUGUGCUUACGGCAGUACCUGCGUCGAUGGCAUAGGAUCCUAUACCUGCGUAUGCCCGCCUGGCCGUAGUGGUGCAACCUGCUCAGCAGUGAUUGGCAUGGUGCCAACCUGUGUGGUUGACAGACGGGUCUACAGCCAGGGAGAAUCAUGGAAGGAAGACUGCAACACGUGCCACUGUGAGCAGGGCUUGGUCCAAUGCAGCAAGGUGUGGUGCGGACCGCAAACGUGCACAGAGAUGGCGACCUACGAGCAGUACACCAACGAGACCACCGUCACGACCCAGCUGGCCUGCGGCCCCGACGAAUCCUGCCAACUGCUAGACUCCAGCGACUGCCUGACCCCUCCCUGCCAGCCCUGGGGGCGAUGUGUCACCGGUGAGGGCGGGGAGGGUGCCACGGAUCCUAGCCUGCCUGGCCAGGAUGUGGGGAGUGUCUGCCAGGGUGACGGCAGCUGUGCCAGCUUCACACUGACAUUCCAGACGGCGAAACUACCAGCUGGUGUGUCCGUGGAGCACGUUUGUCGCCACCUACGUCAGAUCGCCGGUCUGCAAGCCCACUUUAGACAACACGCUGUGAGGCUGAUGUGCAGCGCUGUCGCUGCAGCAGAUAAACCAGGCCACUAUGAUGUAUAUGUCUCACUGUGGGUGGAAACAUCAGGAGUAGGCAGUGGCCUGGCGGAGGAGAUCGCGGAUGCUCUCAUAGACCACCUCAGGCAACCGAGUACCAGUAGCUCCAUCACGGUGGCUAUCACAACGGUCAACAGACACACUAAGGGUACACCGCAAGAGCCUACCAAACAGGGUCCUGGUGUGAUGUGGCUCCUGGGUUGUCUCACCGGUAUCGUCCUGGUAGUAUUACUGGGCGGUAUCCUCCUCUGGGCCCGCUUCCACUACAUGACCAAAUCCGACGUGGAGCAGGCCCCACCCCAAGCCCCCUCCAGGAAUCAGCCCACUGAGGGGAACCCUGCACAGGACUUGCCUACGAACCUCCGAGCCAUCACAAACUCUGAACGCAGGGACAACCGCGCCCGGGCCAAGGAGGCCUUAGGGAGCAAAGAUCCCCAAGUGACCGUUGCGCUGGUCAAAGAGGAUGACCGCGACUCCACGGACGCUGACCAUCGGGUCAAGCAGUGGCGUCACAAGGACAAAGCGCGCAUCGUCAUGGACAUCUACAAAGCGGAAACGCAAGAAGCGCAGAGAAACAGACUUGAGAUGCACGAAAGAACUAAGAAGAACGCCUCGCAUGUGGAGCUGACAGUGUGCUAGCUGUGGCAGGGGAGGCUUAGGUCUGUGAAGCCUAGAAUGGAAGAAGUCUGCAUGCCAAAAUCAGACAGACGUGGUGGACCAAUGCCUACAAUCUGAAGCCAAGAUACGACCAGUGUCUGUUGGCCAAAUGCUCAGUCAGUGUUGUGCCUCUUGACAAAUCAAGAUGGAAAGAUUUGAAGUCGGGCGAAGGAAUUUGUGAUCUGAAAAGAUCUGCAUCUGUCAAAGAGGGUGUUGGGAUGGACUCCGCGCGGGAAUGGUAGAGGGUGCUAAUUGUCCAUUCACAAGAAUGGGGGUGAAGUGGCUUGCCCAAGGACACAACCAUUUAUGAUGAACAACGUAUGAACGCAACUAUACAAUUAGGGCCUGUGGCACUCUAUGGACUUCGUGAACGAACAGUCGAACAGUAGAGGUACACGCCAUGUGCGCGCGCGUACUGGUUGGCGUGAAUAUUGCACGAAGUAGGCAUGAUAAAUUUUUACUCUGAAUGUGCACAAACCGAUGUAGUGGGGCAGAUAGGGGAAAUAUUUGGGGGGAUGAUUCACUUUGAUGAUUAAACCAUGGCAUUUGGCACACAGUCAGAUUA